AGUGGAGAGGAAACGGAUUUUUUUUGUUUGAAUAACACCCGAGUGCCAGUGUGUCUUCAGCAUUUUAGAGGAAUAAUGCCCUGAACGUGUGUUUCUAAGGCACAAAAGAGGAAAAAGGGCUUUAUCCAGAGGAAGAUGAACUUUCACCCAAGGACUCUGGUGCGCUGCUGCUGAAGUCGAGAUCACGCUGCCGACCUGCUAUUGUUUCUCAGGGAUGUAAACACUGAGGGUGUACGAUGUAAUCAGGGAAGUAUUUUAGGGAAGCUGUGUCCGAAAGCGCUUUUCCACAUGGAGACUGAUCUGAGGCUGGAGUCAAGUUUGUGGGUCGGGAACAAACGAUACCGGGCCGUGCUGACGGGCUGGCACUUCAAGUGGACCGAGGUGGAUAAGAAGAACCGAGACAGUAAAACAGUUUCAGUGCCCGUGGCGGAGGUGGUCGGAGUGGAGGAGGGUCGAGUGGAGAUCUUACCCCAGAAGUCGGUCGAGGACACGGACAAAGAUUUCACAGUUUUCUACGUCAAGCGCAGCAGCAGUGGUGGCACCCAAGGGUUGCUGUGGAGACUGGGCCGGACCCAGUUCAGCUGCCCCAGUCGUGUCCUCAGAGACCAGUGGACACAGCACCUAAGGACAGCUGUCAAAACGCACAGUCCUGUGCGUCCCUGCAGACUGUUGGUGUUCAUCAAUCCAUUUGGAGGAAAGAGGAGAGGAAGACAGAUCUAUCAUUCUGUGGUUGCGCCUAUAUUUGAGCUGGCUGGUAUCAGCUCUCAUGUCAUAGUGACAGAGCGGGCCAACCAGGCCAGAGACCACCUCCUGAAGAAAGACCUGACAGGCUUUGACGGCGUGGUGUGUGUGGGCGGGGAUGGCAUGUUCAGCGAAAUACUUCACGGUUUGAUUGGGCGGACGCAACAAGAGGCAGGCCUUUGUGAGCACGAUCCCACUGUCGCUCUGCAGCCGUGUCCACUUCACAUCGGCAUCAUCCCCGCAGGUUCCACGGACUGUGUGUGUUACGCCACAGUGGGAGUGAUUGACCCCGUUACUUCGGCCUUGCACAUUAUCCUUGGAGACUCUCAGCCUUUGGAUGUUUGCUCAGUUCAUCAUGCCUCUGCUCUGGUGCGCUACUCUGUGUCUCUGUUGGGCUACGGCUUCUAUGGUGACGUACUGGCAGAGAGUGAAAAACACCGCUGGAUGGGCCCUCUCAGAUAUGACUACUCAGGCACGGUGGUAUACCUGAGCAACAGAAGCUACACGGGCGUCGUUCAGUAUCUACCAGCAGACCCGCUGCUUUCCAGCCCCAGAGAUAAAACCCGCUGCCUCUCAGGAUGCAGCGUGUGUUCCAGAAGCUCGGAAAGGCUUUUCCCCCACUCUUCAGAUUCUGGCUCUUUGUACAGCUCCAACCUCAGCCAAUCCAGCACUGACUUAGAAGGUGAGUGGGUGAGAGUGGAGGGCAGGUUCAGGUGUGUCUCAAUCACUUGUAUGUCCAGCUCAUGCGCCAGGAGUCCUCUGGGCCUCUCUCCCUCGGCUCACCUGGCGGACGGCACAGGGGACCUCAUCCUAGUGUGGGACUCUCACCCACUGAGCUUCCUCAAGUUCCUCCACAGGCACACAAGCACACAGGACCAGUUUGACCUGCCAUUUGUGGAGGUCCAUCGCGUGAAGGCCGUGCGUUUCUCUCUGCCAGAAAUGUGCGAGGAGGAAGGGUGUGAGGAAACCGUCGGGCCGAGCGGUGUGCUGGAUGAAGAAGAGGUGGGCUAUGUGGACACUGUGAGCAGAAGUGGAUCCCAGCAGCAUCUAGCCGAGAGAGCCACGGGGCGGGGAGCGACAAACGAGCAGAAAACGGCGAUGCCCUUCCUGUGUGGUCUGUGCUGCAAAAAAGCUCCCGCCGUGUCCGUGUGGAACUGUGAUGGAGAGAUCCUGACUUUCACUGAUAUUCAGUGCAAGAUUCAUGGACAGUUGGUGCGUCUCUACGCCCGGGGUAUCGAGGACCAAGCAAACGUAUACAACGGCAGCCAGGAGCUGGAUGAGUGUUGAAGGAGCUGCAUCCUGCACAAACAGUCUUACCUACAUUUUGAAUGAUGAGGAGUGAAAAAUGAACUGUUUGCAUGGUUGUGAGUUUAUUAGAAGCAUUUCUAGCCUUGCAGCCAUAGCCAAAGACGUCCUAUUAUUUAUACAUUUUCUCAACAUAGUAGAAAAAAAACCUAUUUAUUCUUAAAAAUGUGUUUUUUGUCGAAUUCUUCUCUUUUCUAGUCUGUAAAUGCACCAGUACUCAACAAUCCUCUUCACAGACCGGUUUAACCUGAAACUGUGUUAUGUUUUGUUUUUGUCUGUAAAUUUUAUUCACGUCCAUUUGAACUUCCAGAGAAUAAAAUCAUCGCAGAUAU